AUGACCGACAAAAAUAAUUUGGAUCCGGAGGCAGCAGAGGUGACACCCUGGAGAAGUACUUAUGAAAACAAGGGGAUAAGCAUCAAGGUGGCCGAACAUCUGUUUCCAUCCUACCCCAUAAUCCUUGCCGCGGACAGCCUGGCGUUCGACUUGUUGCUACUGAGCAGGUUAAAAGAGGAUAUCAUGGAUCUGUCAGAUAUGGAAAACGAGGGCGUGAAGGAACUGUUGGACUUCCUACUUCAAGACUAUGCUGAUAAAAUUAUCACAACUUUUGACGUGGCACACAAACUCUUCAAGCUUGCAAAGGAAUACGAGAUACUAAGCGUGGGUCAAGCGGCCAUAAGUAAACUGAUCAACGAAAUAAAUAACGAUAACGUUAUGCUCCUGCUGGAAACCACGGAGCGGUACCAGUCAACACUGUUGGGACAAAAGGUUGUAUCACAUAUUGUAGAAAAUCGAGCAGACAUAAUAAACACGGUCGACUUCCAGCUGUUCGCUGAGAAGCAUUCCCAUGUCCUGCUGGAGGUUGUUGAAAACUGCUGUGAAUCCAUACAGGACAAGUCAAGCAAUAACAAGGGGGUGAAAUAA